AUGGAUCACAAACAGAAAGGUCCCGCCAUGAAGAUAGGUAAACAGAGAAGUUUCAUAGAACAAAUCAACCGUCAGUCAAGUAAGAAAUAUCUGACAAAUCUAUACACGGGAGCAGCAGUUAUUGACAAUCCGAGGACGCAAAAGGAAGAAGUGUCAGUCAAGCAGAAUGCUAACUCGCAGAAGAAGGACAGAGCCAACUGGGCUUUGUAUCAAGAGCUCACCUGUCCUGCAUGCGCAAGGCUUUACGUAAACCCUAUUCUUCUGCCGUGCAAUCACAGCAUCUGUGAUGCCUGUUUGAAGAAGAUCAGAGUGGAAACGAAAAACAAGGCGAGGAUCGCCUUAAAGUGCCCGGCGUGCCAGUUACAGUUUGAAUCCGCUGCUAAUGAAAAAAUACCUUUCCCAGAGAACCACUUACUCAAAAACAUCAUGACGAGACACAGACAGGAAGCCGAACUGGCAACCAAUGGCAGCAAGAAGAGAAAACCAGAAUUCAUGGAAGACACUGUGUUUUGCCAGCUGUGCGAGCAAAAAGCUGCCCGCAGGGAGAUGAAAAAGUGUGUCACCUGCAAGCUUAUUUUCUGCGCCAAGUGCCUCAAGAAGUUACACAGCAACAAGGCGUUUCUGCAGCACAGCGUCGUAAACCUGGACUUGGACACUGGCCAGCAGCAGAUCAAGUGUUUUUUCCAUCCCCAUUUCAAUCUGAUUCACUACUGCACCCAACUGAAGAAAGUGAUCUGUGAGGAGUGCCUGAAAACCACCCAUGAAGGGCAGCCAGUCAUUACACUUGAUGCUGCGUUUCAAGAGGAGUCCAAAGAACUGUUGAGUCUCCUAUCAACCUUUAACAAAGUCAAAGAAAAAUACGAGAACACCGCCUUGUCAUUGCGCCGAUUCAGAGCCAGUUUAGACCAAAUGGAAUCUGGAAUCAACCAGAAAGUGUUCCACCAGUUUCUCUCCUUACACGAGGCCCUUCAGAUUCAAGAAAACAAGAUACGAGGUAUUGUCAACAAUGAGAAAGUAAAAUGCCAGCUUGAGAUAGACAGCUUCUUAAAGUCGGCGUCGAAGGCCAUGUUCGCGACGGAGGGGACCGCAGAGUAUGUUUCGGAGGCCUUAAAGGAAUCCAACACAGUGGCCUUUCUGCAAACAUCUCGACUGAUAGGAGAACAUUUCAAGCAGGCUAUAGACACCAUUAACCAGCCAUCAAAGGAAAUAUACAAGAACUCUUUGGUCGAUUUUUCCAUUGACGUAAAUCCUAUUAAGGAGGAGAUUCUGAAGCUUCAAGGACAUUCCCAUAAUGUUUCACAGGAUGACAGUAUUGUUCCUAAUGAUAAUUGGAUACCAGACUGCAACAGCUCAUCCAGUAUCCAGGUAGAACUUCCGCACGCACCAUCUGUUAUAGCUCUAAAAUCUAGUGAAUCUGCUAAAUCUGUUCCAUCUUCUACAUAUUAUUGCCCUGGAUCACCACAGACUGUUCUUUCUCCUGUAAAGCCUGCAGUUUUUAGCAAAAAUGGAAGUUGGUAUUCAUUGCUUGGUAGUAACGAUGAUAAAAGUUACAAGGGGAGUUUGAACACGAGCAAAGCCAACUACCCGAAGAGUCAAAGCUUUGAGUUCACAAACAGGAAGAAGAUUGCCCCAACACAGAAUCGUCCAAAAAGCAUCCCGGCAAAUUACAGUAGAUUCAUGCCGGUCAUUAAGGAAAAGGUGUUUGGCAUCAAUUCCAGAAAAUACAGGAGUACGAGUGACGAGUGGGACUCAAACUGCCUUUCAGGAUCUAUUGCAGACCUCAGCGACUCUGUCUUCUCAGACAGUGAGGAACCAGGAAAGCCAUUUAUUUACGAACAUGCUGUGGAUGACAACUCUGCACAGGUGCAGACCAACUGUUCCUUUUCUGGCAUAGUUGCAGAAAUAUGGGCCAGGCUUUUCAGAAUUCGAAUGCUGAGUUUAAUCUUAGGCAUAGGGUUAGGCUUAGGGUUAGGGUUAGGGCAACAGCACAAACAGCAAGAAUGUAGUAGUUUUCCAUUGGCCCGUCUUUCUGCACCAGGUAAAGAGCGUGGCCCGUCUUUCUGCACCAGGUAAAGAGCGUGGCCCGUCUUUCUGCACCAGGUAAAGAGCGUGGCCAGUCUUUCUGCACCUAUACCUGUUUUCCUCUUUAACUUCCUGUGUCCCUGAAUGCAUUUUCUCUUGGUUUGGUGGUCCAGUGGUUAAAGAAACAGGCUUGAUACCAGGAGGUCCCUGGUUCUAAUCCACUCUCAACCACUGACUAACUGUGUGUGACCCUGAGCAAGUCACUUAAUCUGCUUGUUCUCCGUCCUUCGGAUGAGACGUAAAACCCAGGUCCUAUGUAAGUGACUCUGCAGCAGUUGUUGAUGCAUAGUUCACCCCUAGUCUCUGUAA